AUGCACUCCGUCCACGACCCCUCCCGCGGGGACUACCCCCCGCUCCCCAAACGUCCCCGCGUCUCCAACCCCCCGCCGCCCUCUGCCUUCAUGCCCUCGCCGCCAGGCCCCAGCGGAGCCGGCAUCCCCGACCAGGACGGAGCGGCGGACGCCGCCUCGAAGAAGAACAGGAAACGGCCUCUUUCGUGUGGGGAAUGCAGGAGGUUGAAGUUGAAGUGUGAUCGUGUUUUCCCCUGCCAAUCCUGUUGCAAGCGAGGCUGUGCAGAGAUAUGUCCAGACGGCGCUCUUACCGGUGGCAAGGGGAGCAGGUUCAUCUUGGCGAACACGGAACAGCUCCACGAGAAGAUCAAGUCCAUGAGCGGCCGUAUACGCGAGCUCGAGGAUGCUCUUGGAGAAACUCAGCCCAAUCACAGCCUUCUCCGGGAUGACUUGCUGCUGAUCAAGAAGUCGGCCGACUUGUUCGGUGUAGAGGCCCAGUCUGCAGCCGAGGCCCAACGAAACGAGUUCCAACCCGGUCCACCGUCCAGUUCUCCGCUCAGAGACGAUCGACAGAGCCUCUCGCCUGCAUACCUCAAUGGAGGUUACGAUGACUACGGAAUUCCACUGGAUAUUCGCCAAGUUAGCGACAAGUUCCCCGCACCAAGUGCCAUCACAUUUGAGCUCAACCCGAACCACCGUCAACGCAUCGUUGAGAUGUUGCCCUCACAGGCCGAGGCCCGGUAUCUGUGUGAGCAAGCGGCGGAGCACGCAGCCUGGCAUCAGAACUCUGACGGCAGCGAUGGGGUGCCGAACAUGGUUCACAGCGUGUACAACUGCUCGGUCGCCACCCUCAACCCACAUAGGCUGUCCUACUUCCUUGUCAUACUCGCUAUCGGGACAUGUGUGGACCAGCGGCGAAGUCACCAGUCAUGGGUUGGAGACGCAGAACGCUAUCACCAUCUCGCCAGGGCGGCGUUGUGUGAGACCUCGGUAAUUGACGAACCGAGUAUAGAUGCGAUCAACGCGCUGUUCUACAUGUCACGCUACCUGACUAUGUUCUCGGUGGAGAAAAAGGAAGCGAUCGAGUAUGGGUGGACGGUCCUGGGAAUAGCAAGCAAACUCGCCGUGGGUAUUGGCCUCCACCGAAACGCGAGCCGCUCGAAGGUGAUCCCGGAGGAACUAGAUAAACGGAAGACGCUCUUGUGGUGCAUGAUCAACGUGGACUACCGUUUGGCGCUGAUGCUCCGACGACCCCCUUCAAUCGCGUUACGGUACGUUGACACCGAACCCCCGACCAGCAGCGAUUACCCACCACCAGGGUCCCGAGAGAUCUAUCAACGGUGGCAUUACACUUUCACAACCCAGUGCCUGUCCUCAAUUCUCGAGGCGGUCGUCUCGCCUAACCCUCCGCCCUACGCGGAGGUGCUGGCUCUGGAUUCUCGCGUUCGGGAAUUCCAGCUGCCUUCUUUCAUGCACAUCCCACCCGGGCCUUCCUCCGGGAACGGGCUUUGUCUGGUCCAGAUGUGGACGAACAUGACACGAGACGUCGCCAUACUUAACCUGCACCGGCAGUUCUUCACACUGGCGCUAAGCGAAGGGCUCUGGGCCAACCACAAAUACGCGUGUUCCGUGGUUGCCAUCUACCAGGCGUCGCUCAGUCUUCUCCGGGGCCUAGAGACGUACUACAGGCAGCAGCCAGAGUACUCCGUGAGACAACAGAUUCUAUGGUUCGAGGGCUUGUCUGCUGCCAUGGCACUGUCCCUGCUGCUCUGCCGAGCGCCGCCCUCGGUGAUGACAUCGAACGCCCUGCUCGAGUUCGCGAAGGUGCUCCGAUUGUACACGGACGUCAGCGAUCGAUGCCCGACCGCCGCGAAAUCACUGCCGAUUCUCGAGAGCCUCUUCGACCGCUCGCGCUCGCACUACCUCCAGAGCCGGUACGGGACGCACCAGCCCGAGGAGCCUGGCGAGGACGAGGUGUGCAAGUUCGCGACGCGCGCGGGCCUCUACGUCUCCGCCUCCGGCUCGAGCACGGACCCGGACGUCACCCCGUACCCGUUCGCGGGCGCGCACCCGACGCUCGUGCACGAGUUCCAGGAGGCGAUCGCGACGACGCCGCCGCCAAACGACCCGAUCCUCACGCGCGGGCCGCUGCACCUCAUCGUGCCCAGCCCGGGCGGCCUUGGGGGCGAGCGGAACGGGACGGGGUUCGGCGUGUCCGCGGAGCGGUCGGGGUGCCAGACGGACCCGUACCUGCCGCUCGGCGGCGGUGGGGGCGGGAUGGGCAUGGGCAUGGGCAUGGGGUCCGGGUUCGGACACGGGCUCGGGCAGAACCUGAAGUGGCUCAGCCAGGAGUACUCCGACAGCGGGUGGAUGACGUGGUAUUAG